AUCAUGUUAGAGCUAAUCGUGACUUUGGUCCGUGAAUAACUAAAUUAGUAUCGCGGACUCAUACCUAUUUCGUUGGACAGUAUUUUAUUGAUACUGAUAGUUCAUUUUUUUAAGUAUUAUUAAUAUCGAUUAUUCAUAGUAUUGUGAAUUAUCACAACGGUGGUGAAAAUGAUAUUUUUUAAAAAAUGGGCCCACUUGGCACUUGCUGUUAUUGCUACAAGUCUUACUUUACCAUUGACUUUAGCUGAAGCACCUCUGACGGGUAGUUAUUUACCGCCAUCCACCAGUUAUGGUACACCAAAUCUUGGCACUAACUUCAGGCCCGGUGGUGGUAAUGCAGCACCAACUGGUGGACGACCAGCUACUAAAUAUGGUCCACCAUCCGGAGGCAAUUUUGGAGGUGGAUUCAGUGGAAAUGCACCAUCACCUAACUAUGGAGCUCCAACUUCAGGUGGUCCACCUCCCUCAAGCUAUGGACCUCCAUCAACUGGAGUAAGUAACUUCAGCCCAAGUGUUCCUUCACCUUCCUACGGAGCACCAAGCAGUGGAGGAAGCAGCUUUGGAUCAAGUGCACCAUCAUCUUCUUAUGGAGCACCAAGCAGUGGAGGAAGUAGUUUUGGUUCUAGUGCACCUUCUUCAUCUUAUGGAGCACCAAGCAGUGGAGGAAGUAGCUUUGGAUCAAGUGCACCAUCAUCUUCCUAUGGAGCCCCAAGCAGUGGAGGAAGCAGCUUUGGAUCUAGUGCACCAUCAUCUUCUUAUGGAGCACCAAGCAGUGGAGGAAGUAGUUUUGGUUCUAGCGCACCUUCUUCAUCUUAUGGAGCACCUACUGGUGGUAGUGGUGGAGCUUAUGCAUUGCCAUCUGCUGGAGGAAGUAGCUUCAAUACUCCCUCAUCAUCUUACGGUGCCCCAACCAGCAACGUUCCUUCAUCAAACUACGGAGCCCCAACAUCUGGUGGUGGAUACCAAAGCGGAGGUGGAUCCGGAUAUCAAAGUGGUGGUGGAUCUGGAUACCAAAGUGGAGGUGGAUCUAACUUCGGAAACGGAGGUGGUUACAGUUCAGGCAGACCUGCAUCUACUUAUGGAGCACCAAACCAAGGUGGAUCUGGUGGUGGAUACAGAGGUGGAGCUAGCGGUGGAACUCCUUCUGGAACUUAUGGAGCUCCUCAAAGACCCUCUUCCAACUACGGAGCCCCCACUGGUGGAAACACCAAUUUUGGAACCCCAUCUGGCACGUACGGAGCUCCUCAAAGACCAUCUUCCUCUUAUGGAACUCCAUCAUUCGGAGGAAAUAGUGGUGGUGGAUUUAACCGACCAUCUUCAAACUAUGGUGCUCCAUCAAGACCCACUCCUAGCUUCCAACCAUCUAGACCAUCUUCCACUUACGGUGCUCCAUCAGGAAAUGUCGGAGGUGGAUCAAGUGGUGGUUUCGGUGGUAGCUUUGGCGGUGCUCCUUCUAGCUCUUAUGGAGCCCCAUCUAGACCUUCUUCCCAAUAUGGUGCACCAUCUCAAGGUGGAUCUGGUGGAUACAGCGGACAAGGCAGUGGAUUCGGUGGUUCAUCAGCCGGCGGUUAUUCCGCUCCUUCCAGACCUUCCAGUCAAUAUGGUCCACCCGCUAGUGGUGGCAACCAAGGUUAUUCCAGCGGUGGUGGCCAAAGCUAUGCUAGCAACGGCGGUUAUCAAUACUAACUUUAAGUAUUAAUUGAUAAUUAAAAAGAGAUCAAUGCGAUUUAUUUCACAUCAUGCUUCGAUACAUGAAAGAACGAUUUUUAUACAAUUUCCUACAUAUUCCAUAAAAUCAAUAUAAAUAAAUAUUCAUUGAUAAGUAUUUAAUCAUUAAAAAAAAAACAAGAAAAAUGUGAAACCACACUGAUGUUCAAUUACGUAUAUCAUUAUGGUAUACGAAUUAAUCAAAACCAUUCGUUUUUGUAUUCAUCUCAAAG